UAUGUAAAGACUCCGCUGGUUUACUCGCCACGCCUGUCUCAGCAGGCAAAGUGUCAUAUCAGACUCAAACAGGAGUUUACACAACCUUCUGGCUCUUAUAAACUGCGUGGGUUGUCGCAUUUGGUUGCCAAAAGGCUUCAGUCACUAAGCCCGGCACAGCUGGCUCAAAAACCAGUCCGUGUGGUUGCUGCUAGUGGUGGAAACGCUGGGAACGCAGUGGCAUUGGCAGCAAGUUUCUAUAACGUUGAUGCCACUGUCGUUGUGCCAACAUGUACCACCGAGUCCAUGAAGUCCAAGAUCUCUGGUAACGGUGCUCAAUUGAUCACCGCAGGUAACACCAUCGGAGAAGCAGACGAGUACUUACAGGCAGUGCUGAUUCCUUCGUUGGAGGAGGAUUAUACGGUGGUUUACUGCCAUCCGUAUAACAUUCCUGAGAUUUGGGAAGGCCAUUCCUCAAUGGUUGAUGAGAUUGUGGCCCAGUUGAGGUCUGAAGGCUCUCUAAACCGUCUCAAGGGUGUGGUGUGCUCUGUCGGUGGUGGUGGUCUAUACAACGGUUUGGUUCAAGGCCUGAAGAAACAUGGAUUGACACAUGUUCCAAUAGUAACCCUGGAAACAGACUCUGUUCCAACGUUCCAAGCUGCAAUUGACAGAGGUGAACCAGUGACUCUGUCGAGCUUCAACAGCAUUGCAACAAGUUUGGCCUGCCCAUACAUCACCCAGCAGUCAUUGGACAACUACCAUAACCAUGAAACCUUUAACCAUUUGGUUUCAGAUGUGCAGGCUGCCAAUGCGUGUCUGAGAUUUUGUGUGGACUACAACAUCAUCGUCGAGCCUGCUUGUGGUGUUGCACUGUGCUCAGUGUAUGAGGAUAUCAUCCACAAGUCAUUACGUCUCAGUGAGGAUGACAUUGUCGUAGUGGUAGUCUGUGGUGGAAGUGCAACUUCAAUGCAAGAUUUA